UAUUCGGGAGCACCGACACUCUGUUUGGCAUUUUACAAAAGGAAAGCAAUUGAUUACUUAAAAACAGUCCCACCCAUUUUUAAGCACACCAUCUGUCUAUAUAAGUGGUUGGUAGCAGCUCAUAUAGACAGCUGAAUAGGAACUGCAAGUACAUCUUACUGACAGAGUGACCGACUCCUUCCAUAUCAUUUUUUUCUGAAGGAGGAUUUAACUUGCUUGACUUCCAGAGGUGUAACCAGUUGAGUCUGUGUCAAAGAACCUGUGUCUGUAGUUCUCCACUGGGAGAAACAUGGGAAACGAGCACUCCAAAAGCAAAGAGCUGCCGAACAGGAAUGGGGGAACUCCUGAGAAGCAUGGAAAUGGAUCAUUGAACGGCCUCUCUGCAAACGGCUCACCCAAUGUUAUGGAGAUUGCAGACUGUAAACCUGCUGACGCUCCAGUUAUCUCUGAAAUCAUUGAAAUCAUCAUCCAGAAGGAAGAUCUCGAGGAAAGUAAUGAUGGUCAAACGGAUGUUAGUUUUCAUGCCGCCGAUCCACAGACAGAGACAGCUGAGUCCGAAUCAUUGACGGAGCCAGAGAGUGUGACUCCAGACUUGGGUCCAGAGGGAGAAAAAGUGGCCAAAUCUGACAACGGAAGCAGUCAACCUGUGGAAACCCGAGAAGACGAGAAUACAGUUAUGAACUUCUUCAAAACAAUAGUGUCUUCCAAAAUAUCCAAAAAGGAAACAGCUACUCCUGUUGCCACAAAAGAUCAGCCCCAUCAGCAGAACCAACCAGCGGCAACUACUACUGUUGCACAAGUAUCUGAGCCGCCUGCAGCAUCCAAAGGAAUGUCUAUCCCACCGCCACCUCCUCCAGAGCCACCAAAAAUGGAAAUCAAGGCCGAACCAGCUGCCAAACCUGUCAAACCCACACCAAAAGAAGAACCAAAAGCUGCUGCGAAGGAACCCGAGUCCUCAAAAGGAAAAUCAGCAUUAAGCAAAUUCUUCCGUUCAAAGACAAACAAGGAUGCACCACCACAGCCAGCAGUAGAAGUAGAGGUACAGCCAGUUGUAGAAGUGCAGGAGACACCAGUGGAAGUGCCAGAGCCUGUUGUUGUAGAAGUCAAGAGUAAAAAUAAUGUUGAACCCCAUGACACAGCAGAGCAGGUGGCACAUCCAGUUGUAGAAGAGCAGAUGGUGGAAGUGGUACCACAACCUGUGGUAGAAGUUGAGAAGGUGGAUUUUUCAAAAGCUGCCACUUUGGAGGCUGCUGCAAAGCCAGAACCGCCACCGCCUGUCGAGGAAGCCAAGAAAACAGCCCCAAAAUCACCCUUCUUUUCUCUCUUCAAGACUAAAGCUGCUGAUCCCAAGAAGGCGACCCCUGCCCCAGCUGCAGCCAUCGAGUCAGUCAAAGCCAAGGAGGAACCCAAAGCAGCCAAGUCAUCAGAGGCAGUCGUAGAUCACAAACCGGCUUCAGUGGCCUCCAAAACUGGAGAUGUAGCCAAUGCGCCAAAAAAACUGGAGAAGAGGAACUCCAUCCAUCAGUUCUUUAAAGUUCUGGGUCAGAAACGUAACUCGACAGAUGCCGGGAUCCAGACAGAGCCGGCCACUGUUGCUCCAGCAGCUGAGAAGGCCAAAUGAAACCAAAACCAACAGUGAAGUUUCCCUGUACAGACUCCCUGUCUCUUUCUAUUCCUCACUCAAUCUUUAUGUCUCUCUCUGUUUGAUUUUUCUUUCAGCUCUUAUUGAAUUGCUUUAACUACAUGUGGUUUUUGUUACGGUUUAGAAGUUACAAUAUGCAAAGAAAAGUGACUGGAAGGACAAAAGCAAGUUGUGAGGAAGACGUGCAGUAGGUAGUUAAACAAGUGGUGGUUUGAAUUAUAUAUAUAUAUAAAUAUAUAUAUAUAAAUAUAUAUAUAUUUAUAUAUAUAUAUUGCCAUGUAAAUGCCUUGACAUGUAUAGCAAUUGGAGUGCGAAACCUUUUCUACAGACAUUUAACGUGUCUUCUCGCUUUUCUUGCACACAUAUGCAAUAUACGUUACAAUGCAUUGCUUUUAGCAACUUGUUUGUCAAAAACAUUAAAAAUAGGUUCUAUUUUUUACAGUUCACACCAAAAAUAUCCCACAGCUGUGGCAGUGCAGAGGUUCAUAGGAAAUGACAUUGCACUUAAAUCUAUAUGACAUUAACAGCUUUGAAAAGAGCUAAUAAGAGGAGCAUAUUAGUAUAACAAACUGCACUUAACUUUGCUAUGUAGACUAAAUCACACGCAUAUAUAUCCUAACAGUAUAUUUAUUGUUGUGAGGGGAACUGACUGCAAGUCUAAAAAAUUCAUGUGAGGUGGAAAACAGUUGUCGUUGUGCUGAUAUGUCCUUGUGGUACGUUUGGCAUCAUGAAUCACAGUUGAUUAAAGCUUUUUAUAUGAUUGCAGCUCUAUGUGUCAUGUAAUAUAAUGAAAGUCUUUUUGUGUCAGUCACAUGUGUUUGGCACUAUGUAAAAUUAAUAUCGUGCUUUUGUUUCCCUAUUUGUAUGUAUGCAUGUAUGUGUAACUUCAGCUAUCUUGAAGACAAUAAAUAUGUUCACCAUU